UCGUGCUUCACGCCGUGGCGAGCGCGGUGUUGUGCGCGCCCGACGUCGCGCAGUGCGCCACGGCCUCGAGCGAGGCAUGUGAUGGUCCGGACGAGCCGGGCCGUCUGCAGGCCAAGGCAAGUUUCAUCAAAGAUGCCGUGAUCCGCAGGUGAUGCGAUGGGACUCGGAGUACCCCGUCUCCAUGUCCGCGUUUAACUCCAUUGCUAUCAAAGCUGGUUGGUUGAACAUGCCGCUUUUCCUCGAUGAAGUGCUAUCGAAGUGCGCGCCGCCACCUCGCGUAUGCCUUCGCGGGUGUGGCAUCCCGCCGACCCAGCAGCCGGCAGUGCACGGGCCUCUGCUGUCCCCAUUGCGGCGGGCCGUUCCCUACAAUGUCUUGCGUUAUUUCGGGCUUGGAUUUCGAUCAUCCAGUCAGCAACGUACGCCAGUCUUUCGAUCUUCUUGGCCUCAAGCAAAGGGGCAUGAACCCUUAUGCGGACGUAAACAAGAGCGCCAGGGGGGGAUUUCCGCCGUGCCCUUUCAAGCAAGAUGACGGAGAGCCUGUGAAGGAGUACCCCGUGGCCGCCUGCGACGAGGUCGAACGCAAGACGAAGGAGUUGCGUGGCGACGAUUUCACGUUUCGAUCGUUGGUUAAGUGCAGUGACUUCGAGGACUGGUUCACCGAGGUCCUGCCGGGCUACGCCGAGAACGCCUCUGCUUCGCUGCUGACCGCUUCAAACUGCAGGCGGCCAACGGAAGGUCGUGCAACGCUCUCAAUCACGUGGGCACGGUGCAUGUCGCCCGUGAUUUGGACCGCCUUCGGUGCGCGCUCGGCUCGGACAAACGCAGCGUCCGUGGAUCCUCGCGCGGUGCGAUCGGGGGCUCCGUGCGCCGGGGCCUGUGCCCUGAGAGCGUCCACGGUCUCCUCCUCGACGGCGUCAUGAGCCCUGGGCCAGAUGUUCUCAUGCAAGCAGACGCCCAGACACGAGGGGAGUUCGCUGUGUGGAACGGCCUGGCUCAAGCGCGUGGCAAUUCCGUCCAGCAGUGGUUGCCAGUCCAGAAUCGAUGCCCUCUAGCCCCCGCCAGCACGACCAAGC